AUGCUCCUCUCCCGAAUCGAUCUGCCAGAAUUAUUGAUGGCUAAGCCCUUGGAGUUCACUUUGACUGACAGUCCUCUUUACCAGCGCAACAUCGAUGUCUGCAAAAAGUACAUGGCAAUCGCGUAUUCUCCAACCGAGAACAAAGGUGGAGACUCCGUCCGCCAUCUAUGUCGUGAUGAUAGCUGGUUCUGGGCUCCGGCCACUUUUCCAGGAUGUCAAACGCCAAUGGACUAUGCGACAUCGCACUCGGUCGUAAUGGCAAGCGUAUCCGACCUCCACAUCAUCCGGUUCGACCAGGUUUUCGCAAAGAAUGGCCAUGUCCUGCUCAGAUAUACGGCAGAAGGUAGCCACUGCGGCAAGCCAUACAAGGGAAUUCCAGCAUCCAAUAAACAUGCCAGGUGGGCUGCGGCAGCCAUUUUCGAGGUCGAAGAUGGGAAGAUCCAGAGCUUCACCAAGGACUGGGACCAGAAGACCAUGCAGAUCCAGUUAGGCUGGGCACCAGUCAAUGAAAGCAAAGACCCAAGGUGGAAUGCCGAUGCUCUUGCCGACCCCGAGCGUUCCAGGAAUCAAAAGGAGAGAUGA